CUAGAGCGGCGGCGGAAGCCGGGCGCAGCGCAGCGGGCAGAGGCACCGCGGUGAGUCCCGGCUUUGGCCCCGCCGUGCUCACCUGUGUCAUCUGCCCUGUCCCCAGUCACCGGCCUUGUGCCCCAUUACUCCCAGUCCUGCGGUCACCAGCCUUUUGCCACUUUCGGUGUCCCUCGUCCCCGGUCCUGGCCUUCGUUUAUUUUCUCGGGCCUGGUCCCGGUCGUGGGCCUCGCCCUGCCUUGUCCUACUUUAACUGGCCUUUGCUACCUUCACGGGCUUUGUUCACUGUCACCGUCUUUUCUCCUGCAAUGUCUACACUUGUACAGCCUUUGGUGGCUUUAUCUGGCCAGUGAUAGCCUUGGCUCUCUCCUGAAGCCACACGACAGCCAUUGGGCAGCAGGAGCCCCUUCUCAGAAGAAAGUUAGCCCUGACCUGAAGUCCUGUGGCAGCAAGGUCAAAGACAGGGACCGUCUGGGCAGAAUGUCACGAUGGAUGAGGGGGGCAUGCCCCUGCUCCCCGACAGCCUGGUCUACCAGAUCUUCCUGAGCUUGGGCCCUGCAGAUGUGCUGGCUGCUGGGCUGGUGUGCCGCCAGUGGCAGGCUGUCUCCCGGGACGAGUUCCUAUGGAGGGAGCAGUUCUACCGCUACUACCAGGUGGCUCGCGAUGUGCCCCGCCACCCAGCGGCCACAUCCUGGUAUGAGGAGUUCCGGCGGCUCUAUGACAUGGUGCCCUGUGUGGAGGUGCAGACACUGAAGGAGCACACCGACCAGGUCCUGCACCUCAGCUUCUCCCACUCGGGGUACCAGUUUGCCUCCUGCUCCAAGGACUGCACAGUGAAGAUCUGGAACAAUGACCUGACCAUCUCUCUGCUGCACAGUGCAGAUAUGAGGCCAUACAACUGGAGUUACACCCAGUUCUCCCAGUUCAACCAGGAUGACUCACUGUUGCUGGCCUCGGGGGUGUUCCUAGGGCCACAUAACUCCUCCUCAGGCGAGAUAGCUGUCAUCAGCUUAGACUCCUUCGCCCUGCUGUCGCGUGUGCGAAACAAGCCCUAUGAUGUGUUUGGCUGCUGGCUCACAGAAACCAGCCUCAUCUCGGGGAACCUGCACCGCAUUGGAGAUGUCACCUCCUGCUCAGUGCUGUGGCUCAACAAUGCCUUCCAGGAUGUGGAGUCAGAGAACGUCAACGUGGUAAAGCGGCUCUUUAAGAUCCAGAACCUCAAUGCCAGCACCAUCCGCACCGUGAUGGUGGCUGACUGCAGCCGCUUUGAUAGCCCGGACCUCCUGCUGGAUGCUGGUGACCAGGCUGGGCUCCCCUGCCGAGUCUUUGACCUAGGUGGGGACACUGAAGAAGAGGCCACUGACCCAGGUUUGCACACCUCUGGUUCUGGCCAUGUCAAGGAAGGUUUACGGCGUGUGUUUGAUAGCGUCCUGGAUGGACAUGGACAGCUGUCAGAUUGUGCACUGGAGACCAAGGUGGCUGAGCUGCUGGCCCAGGGCCACACCAAGCCCCCAGAGUGUCCUGACGCUGACAGCAGGAACAAGUACCUCAUCUUCACCACUGGCUGCCUCACGUACUCACCUCAUCAGAUCGGCAUCAAGCAGAUCCUGCCGCACCAGAUGACAACUGCAGGGCCCGUGCUGGGCGAGGGCCGGGGCUCUGAUGCCUUCUUUGAUGCCCUGGACCAUGUCAUUGAUGUGCAUGGGCACAUCAUUGGCAUGGGCCUGUCUCCCGAUAACAGGUACCUGUAUGUGAAUAGCCGUGCCUGGCCCCCUGGCUCAGUGGUCGCCGACCCCAUGCAGCCACCACCCAUUGCAGAGGAGAUUGACUUGCUGGUGUUUGAUCUGAAGACCAUGCGGGAGGUGAAGCGAGCUCUGCGAGCACACCGUGCCUACACACCCAAUGAUGAGUGCUUCUUCAUCUUUCUGGAUGUCAGCAGGGAUUUUGUGGCCAGUGGGGCUGAAGAUCGGCAUGGCUAUAUCUGGGACCGCCACUACAACAUCUGCCUAGCCAAGCUGCGGCAUGAGGAUGUGGUCAACUCAGUGGCCUUUAGCCCCCAGGAGCAGGAGCUCUUGUUGACAGCCAGCGAUGAUGCCACUAUCAAAGCCUGGCGCUCACCACGCAUUGUUCGUGUCCUGCAGGCUCCACACCCACGCCCACGCCCCUUCUUCUCCUGGUUUGCCAGCCAUAGGCGCUGAAGGCUUCAGUGAUUUGAGCCAUUGGAACCUCCUGGGGAAAAUGUCCCCUGUGGUUCCUUACUGCCCUGGGACAGAGUAGCUUAUAGCAGUAACGCCUUAGGAGGGGCAUCCUGACCCCAACACACAACCUGCUCACUCAGCCGCAGGCUUAGCACUAGGGUAGGCCUUGUUGGCAGCACCAGAGACCCCAUGUUAGCCUCUUGGCCGCCGUGGGGUACACGGGACACUGGAAACCCUGUUCACCUACCCUCUUCCCUUGGGUUGGCCAGCUCACAUAGCCCCAAGCUGACCUCUGCCUGGUACCUUUCAUACUCAGCCAAACCCACACCCUUGGCGUCUUGAGUGUACCCUGGGUGGCAGGCCACAGGCACCGGUCUCUGAUAAUUCGGGUCUUGCUACUGAUGGAGUGGCCUGCAGUGGACCAUGGGUGCUGCAUGCUGCACUCAUGAACUGUUUGGGCCUGAAUAAACAGUUGGCAACAGCA